GUGAACUUAAAUUGCAAAAAGGUUGACGCCAUAGGCCAGACGUACAGGCGAGAGCCAAGGUUUCUGCUCCCUUGGCCCAUUGAUUGUUGUUGGAUAAUCCCGAAGCACAAGAGCCAAAUUAAACAAAAGUAGCUUUUAGAUAUUAACAAUUUACUAUACACUAAAAAGCCCCAAUAAACCAAGCAACAUGUCCUAGUAUUAGUAGCUAAGCAGCUUAGGUGGAAACGUGGGCGAGUGUCAACCAGGAGCACCAGCAGCAGCAGCAGCUGAAGCAGCUAAUGCGUCAGCAUGGCGUCCGGCGACGGGGACACCAUCCACACCAUUGACAUGGACAGCUCCUCCACAUCGCAGGCCAAACUGGCGGAGCCAGGCAAUGUCUCCACCGACCAUGUGGGUAACUCAUCGCCCGACCUGGGCAGUCGGCCUCUGCGCUCGGCGAACAAAGCGGACAAGGAGCGCAAGAUUGGACACAGGCGGGUCGGUGAGGGCGGCGAGAUUACCUACAAAAAGAUACAGACAUCGCAAAUCAUGGGCUCCAUACAGCUGGGCAUACAGCAUACGGUCGGCAGCCUGGCAUCAAAGCCAAAACGUGAUCUACUUAUGAUGGACUUCUGGGAAAUCGAGAGCAUUACGUUUCCGCCAGAGGGUUCUAGCCUUACACCUGCCCACCAUUAUAGUGAAUUCAGAUAUAAGAUCUAUGCGCCCAUAGCAUUUCGUUACUUUCGUGAUCUGUUUGGCAUACAGCCGGAUGAUUUCAUGAUGUCUAUGUGCACUUCGCCGCUGCGCGAACUAUCGAAUCCAGGUGCUUCCGGCUCAAUAUUCUAUUUAACGGACGAUGACGAGUUCAUUAUCAAAACGGUGCAACACAAAGAGGGUGAAUUUCUACAAAAACUACUGCCUGGUUAUUAUAUGAAUCUCAAUCAAAAUCCGCGCACUUUAUUGCCGAAAUUCUUCGGACUCUACUGCCUGCAAACGAGCAAUGCCAAAAAUAUUCGCCUGGUGGUGAUGAAUAAUCUGCUGCCGUCAUCGGUGCGAAUGCAUCUGAAAUAUGAUCUCAAGGGUUCGACGUUUAAGCGCAAGGCAUCGAAGGCGGAAAGGGCCAAAAAGUCGCCCACAUACAAGGAUCUGGACUUUAUGGAACAGCAUCCGAACGGCAUCUUUCUGGAGGCGGAAACAUAUUCGGCGCUCAUUAAGACCAUACAAAGGGAUUGCACUGUGCUGGAAUCAUUCAAGAUAAUGGACUAUUCGCUGCUGCUGGGCGUGCACAAUUUGGAUGUGGCCUUAAAGGAGAAACUGAGCGAGCAUAGGAAACCAUUGAGGGCACCGCUGGCCGAGGAUUCCGAUGUCGAUGAGCCGCUGGAGGCAGUCGAGGGCGAUGGAAAGGAACGCGACGCAGCAACGGGCAUCAGCAGAAACAAUGUGGCAUACAGAUCGGUAAAUCGGCAGCGCCUGGUCGCUCACUCCACGGCCAUGGAGAGCAUUCAGGCGGAAAGCGAACCCAUCGACGAUGAGGAGGAUGUGCCGCCUGGCGGCAUUCCGGCACGCAGCGAGAAGGGCGAACGCCUAUUGCUCUACAUUGGCAUCAUCGACAUACUGCAAUCCUACAGGCUGAAGAAGAAGCUGGAGCACACUUUCAAAAGCAUAAUACACGACGGGGAGACCGUUUCGGUUUGUCGGCCCUCGUUCUAUGCUCAAAGAUUUCAAAACUUUAUGGCUAAAACCGUAUUCCGCAAGAUACCAUCGCUGGAUCUCCCAGAGAUCAAAGGAAAUCACAGAAAAUUUCGUACCUUGGUAACCAGUUAUAUAGCGCUUAAGCAUUCGCCUUCGAAGAGAAAAAGCCUAUCCAAGGCCAUACAGCGCUCCAUAGACAGCGAGAACGAGUCGACACGUGCUGUGCACGCCUCGCACUCGCACAGCAGCGGCAAAAUUUUCCAGCAGUCGAAGAUGCCCACAACGGAGGCCACAUCAGCAGCAGCUGCUUCGGAAAGGGAGCGUGACCGGGACAGGGACAGGGACAGGGACAGGGAUCGGGAUCGGGAAAGUGGGCGUCACUCCAGCACAGCUGGCCAGAGCAAUGUGCCACCGCCGGUGAGGCAGCGCGCGUCCGCCAACCCGACGACGACGGCCGCGAAUGCGGCGGGAGGCAAUCUGAAGGCGCGCGUUCCUCCGCCAGUGCCACCACGCGGCUCGCCACGUCGCAAGGAUACACAGGAGAGUCGGGCACACUCCACCACGCCAGGCACAACUCCAUCAUGCAGUUCAACACCUCCCCCUGCCUUUGACGACAUCUCCGAGGACAGCUCGAACAAGAACAGCACAUCCUCGACUGGGCGCAGGUCGCAGCACCAUCAUCAUCAUCAUCAUCACCAGCAACAGCAGCAGCAGCAGCAACCUUCCUAUUAUCAGCAACAGCCACAGUAUUUGGAACGGAAAAUGAAUAUUGGUCCCGCCUAUCGUGGCUCCUACAAGGAGGAUAUCGUCAGCGUCUCUGAGGUGCAUCUGGACACGUUUCUGGCGGUGGACACCUCAACGAGCAGUCACUAUGGCUCACGUGGCGGCUUGGCCUGGACGCCACCGGCAUCAGGUGAGGGCUCAACACCCACUUGGACAGAGGGCACACCCAGUUUUACGGACUCCAGUUCGAGUGGUGAUCUCGACAACUUCUCGCCCAUAAAUUCAUCUAAAAUCGAUCGACACAAGCCGACAGUGGAAGAUGCCAUCAACUCUCUGUCCUCCGGAAUGAUCAACUAACAUAGCAUGUGAUGAUGGACACAGAACAAAAGCAGCAACUACUUCUCGUAUACAUGAGGUAAACAGAAUUCGAAUAAAAGUGCAGACAAACAUAUUGCAAGGAUAAUGCUCGAGUGUUUAGGUACAGAGGUGUGCACAUACUUUGAUAUAUAAUAGAUACUGGGUAUGUAUAUGUAUGUACAUAUUUGUGUAUGGAGUGCACGUGUAUAGCUAGGAUAUAAUCAAAAGGCGACCUUGUAGAGCUCCAUGAAUGAAAAACCGGAAAACAGAUUCAACACUUUCCCACACAUCCAGCAAUUUCUACAUGCAUUCGUAUAUAUACAGGAUACCAGCAACAGAUAUCGUUCAAGAAAUAUAUAUAUAUAUAUAUAUAUACAAACAAAAUACAUAUAUACAUAUAAUAUACGAAUACAAUAAAUUUAUCUAUUUGCAUACCCAAGGCAACAAUAAUUAUAAUUGAUAUUAUAUAUAUACAAAUUACAAAACAAAUCAAAUAAGAUGCAAACGUUCCAGUUCCCGUUCCUUGAUCCGCGUUCCAUAUAAUAAUUAUAAUAAUAAUGUGUAUUAAAUAAAUCGUUCGACUCGAUGAUAUUUGCUAGAUGAAUGAUGAAUGAAUAGUAUCGAAUUAUACAAUGCAUUAAAAUUAAAGCAAAUAUAUGAUCAAAUUAAAAGGAAACAUUUUUGCUAUACUUUCGAUCUUCGAUAUAUCCACAUACGUAUUAUGUACACCUAUGUAUAAUC